UAUAUGAUUGAGUAUUAGGAGGGACAGAUGAAAGACAUAAAUGUGUGUAUAAAUAAUGUAAUGGUGUUGCCAUAAUUAUUGCCGUGUAUCCAAUCCAUAACCCCCCAUCUCCUCUGUUUCUCAUCAGUUACAAUCACAAUUCUCGGUUUCAUCUAGCUACAUACACACACCUUCUCUUCUCUUCUCUUCUCUUCUUAGUUUUCGUGUCCAUUUUCUCAGGAAAAGCCACCCUACUUUUCCGUUAAACACCGUCCACUUUUAACGCUCCUUAAGUUUCAAACGUGAAUACUCUAUCUAUCUAUCUAUCUUGCUUCAUUUCUAUGUUUGUUUCUUAAACAUUGAACAAAGUAGAUUUCUUUUGAGUUUUCUUCAAGCCUUAGACAUAGCGUGUGUUGAAUCCACAACAUUGUAGAAGAAGAAUAACAAAAACAUUGAAAGAGAAACAGAUAAAAAUAGUUUUUAUGACACUUAGAUUUUGCGAAAAAAUAGGUGUCUAAACGUUAAAAAAUAGAAAGUUUUUUACUUGAAGCAAUUUGCAUUUCAAUUCUCUUUCUUUCCUUCUUUGAAACACAAAACUUGCAAUCCUUGAUUAAUAUCUAUAUAUACCCUUUUCUCUGUUUUUUCUUUCUCUCUGGGUUUUCUCUGUUUUUAGGGUUGGGAGAGAAGCUGAAAAACACCCUCUUUUCUUCUUCCCUCCCUUCUCUCUCUAUCUUUCAUUUCUCCCUCUAAAAUCAUGAUUUAUAAUAAAGGAUCAAUGCAUUCUAAUCUUGAUUGUUUCGUUCGAUGUACCACACCGGUUGUUCAAUCUCAAUUUCUACCUAAGUCUGAGAUUACAAACCUGAACGGUUUAUGGCAACCAUGGGAGAGAGAAAAAGUUGAAUAUUUCACCUUAGGUGAUCUUUGGAAAUGUUAUGAUGAAUGGAGUGCUUAUGGAGCUGGUGUUCCAAUCACGUUAACUAGUGGAGAAACACUUGUACAGUACUAUGUGCCUUAUCUUUCUGCAAUUCAGAUUUUCACCAGCAAUAGUUUCAGGGAUGAAACAGAAUCAGGUGACUGUGAGACAAGGGAUUCAUAUAGUGAUUCUUUUAGUGAUGAGAGUGAAUGUGAUAAAUUAUGGAGAUGGGAUGGAACUUCAUCAGAAGAAGGAGGAUAUGAACAAGAUUGUCUCUGGCAUUUGAAUGAUAGAUUGGGUCAUCUCUAUUGUCAAUAUUUUGAAAGAUCAAAUCCAUAUGGAAGAGUUCCUCUAAUGGAUAAGAUAUCUGAAUUAGCUCAAAGAUACCCAGGGUUGAUGUCAUUAAGAAGUGUGGAUCUUUCGCCAGCAAGUUGGAUGGCUGUUGCUUGGUACCCAAUAUAUCACAUCCCCAUGGGAAGAACAAUCAAAGAUCUUUCCACAUGCUUCCUCACUUACCACACACUUUCAUCUUCAUUUCAAGGGAUGGACCUUGAUGAUGAUAUUGAGGGUGGGAAAGAGAAGAAAAAGGAAGGGGAAAGCAUCUCUUUGCCAGCAUUUGGAUUGGCAACAUACAAGAUGCAAGGAGGGAAUGUGUGGAUUGGAGGAAAUCGUGGUCGGGACCAAGAAAGACUAAUGUCACUAUUGAGUGUGGCAGAUUCAUGGUUGAAGCAACUAAGGGUUCAACAUCAUGACUUUAAUUACUUCAUGGGCAUUCGUCAUGGCUAAAACUAAAAAAGGGAUUAAUCCACUACUCUAAAAAAAAUAUCCUCCAUUUCUAGAAUCUUUUGUUAUUUUCCUAGCACUUUCUUGGACCAUUAAUUGAUCCUUUUGUAUUAUAUUGAGGGGGUGUGAAAAGAACAUUGAGGAUAUGUAGUAGUAGUAGUAGUAGUUGUUGAUACUUAUUAACCCUUGAGGGCAUUUUAGGACCAACGUUGAACCCUUACAUGGAAAAGGGUGGUUGAUGAUGACUUAACUCCUUUUGAUAGCCUUUAUAUGUUCCAAGAGGGAAUUGGAGAGAUGGGUAAGGGAGGGAGUGGUCAUGAGAGGGACAUAAGUGAGAGGCCAUAGAACUUUGAGCUUUGAUUGUGUAUAAUAUUGAAAGUUUGUUAUUUAAAUGUCAAAAUACAUACACUUCUUGUGACUCAGUA